AUGUUUUGCAAACAAGUUCAAUUCGCCAUUUUUACUGCUUUAUUUUAUGUUAUGGCUGUUGCUGUUCACCCAGAAUCUUCAGUCAAGUUACACGGAUCAUUCGCUGAAUAUUCAUUAUCAUUUCCAGGAGAUUUUCUUAACUCAACCACUGAUACAUUUUUAUUCCGUGGUUACUUCCAAGGUGAUCGUACUGGUUUUGAAUUUUCAACUGUCAAAGCUUCUGGUGGACCAAAACAAAAAUCUCUUGAAAUCCCUAAAGAUUCUGAUUUUGCUACUUUUGCUGGUGCAUACGAAUUUGAAGAACCUCAAACUGAUCCAUUCAAUGUCACUGUGUUUGUCCGCGAUAUCUUUGGUUCUGCCUUCCCAACUGGUGCUAAAUUGAGACUAUAUGGUGCUUUCCAAGAAGGUACCAAUCCAAUUCAAGAUUCAUUUGCGCUGACUGUUACCUCCUAG